AUGGGGAUGGGGGUGGGUUAUUGUGAUGCGGUGAGGUUUGUGAUAAUGAUAGCUUUCUUUCUCUUCUUCUUCUCCAAACCAACAAUUGAGGCCAGAAAACUGAUGGCAGUGAAGUCUAAUACCCUGGUAAUCAGUCCACCUGGGUACAGUCCUGGAAGCCAGUUAUGGGCCGAGAUGAAGCCCAAAGGAGUACCCAUUCCUCCUUCUGGGCCCAGUACAAGACAUUCUCCCAAUCCUCCCUUACCUCUCCGAAUGGUGCCCAAGACAAUACCUGAGCCCAAACGAGUCCCAGUUCUCCCCCCUAAACCCUUAUUUCAGCCCAAGGGAGUUUUUGUUCCUGAUCAGCAAUGGUCUGAAAUGAAGCCUAAGGGAGCCCCUAUUCCUCCAUCUGGGCCCAGCAAUAGACAUUCUCCUGACACACCAGAGCCGAAGAACCGAUGGUUUGAAAUGAAGCCCAAGGGAGCCCCUAUUCCUCCAUCUGGGCCCAAUAAUAGACAUUCUCCUGACCCACCAGAGCCAAAGCCCAAUGGACUUCCCAUUCCUGUAUCUGAGAAGAAAUGGUUUGAAAUGAAGCCCAAGGGAGUUCCUAUUCCUCCAUCUGGGCCCAACAAAGGACAUAACCCAAUACCAUGA